AGCUUCACCAGCUUUUAUUCUCCAUGAUCUCUUGGUUUUCUCCUGUCUCAUCGUAUCCCUCCUCAAGUGUGCUCUCUGCUGUCCUUCUCUUUUGGAGGUUUUACACAAAAAAAACAAAAGCGACCGCAGGUGCAGAGCUCUCACCUAUUUCUCUCUUAUAAUUGAUGGCCAUCGAUGCCAGAUUAAGGUGAAUCGGUUAAUACACUUUGAUCUGCGGUUUCUGCACCCAUUGGCCACUAUAGGUACCUUUUGAGAUAUUCAAAAGAGUAGCUUGAUGGGUUCAAGGUUUCCAUCACACCAACUCAGCAAUGGCCUGUAUGUUUCCGGCCGGCCGGAGCAACCGAAGGAGAAGGCUCCGGCAAUGACUUCUAUCGCCAUGCCCUACACCGGUGGAGACAUCAAAAAGUCCGGCGAACUCGGAAAAAUGUUUGACAUUCCUGUUGAUGGCUCCAGAUCCAGGAAAUCCGGACCUAUCACUAAUGCCCCAUCUAGAACUGGAUCAUUUGGAGUUUCAGGAUCUGGAUCAUCAAUGGUCACAGGAGGUUCAGGCAGGCAGAAAUCACAUUCAGGACCUCUGAACCGACCGGGAGAGCCAGCAAAGAAAACUUCUGGCCCUCAAUCUGGAGGAUCGCGACAAAACUCAGGCCCUCUUCCCCCUGUGCUUCCGACGACUGGCCUCAUCACAUCUGGUCCUAUAUCCUCCGGGCCGCUGAACUCUUCCGGCGCCCCUCGUAAAAUAUCCGGUCCCUUGGAUUCCUCUGGAUCAACCAAGCCGCAGACUUCAUCGCUAGCAAAUAACCAGAUGGUUACGAAGCUUAGUAGGGAAGACGACUAUUCAUUCAAGAAGAGUUUGCCAAAGCCGAUACUCUGGUCGGUGAUUCUCUUAUUUUUGAUGGGCUUCAUUGCGGGUGGAUUUAUACUUGGAGCUGUCCACAACGCCAUUCUUCUUCUCGUCGUUGUGGUCAUCUUUGCUGCUGUUGCAGCACUUUUCUUGUGGAAUCACUGUUUGGGGAGAAAGGCAAUUAUAGGAUUCAUUGCUCGGUAUCCUGAUGCAGAGCUUAGAACAGCGAAGAAUGGCCAAUAUGUCAAGGUCUCAGGGGUUGUCACCUGUGGAAAUGUCCCUCUUGAAACUUCAUUUCAAAAAGUUCCUAGAUGUGUUUACACGUCUACCAGCUUAUAUGAAUAUCGGGGUUGGGACUCGAAAGCUGCCAAUCCUCAGCAUCGCCGAUUAACGUGGGGAUUAAGAUCUGUAGAGAGGCAUGUUGUAAACUUUUACAUCUCUGAUUUUCAAUCUGGGUUAAGGGCGUUGGUUAAGACGGGUUAUGGUGCGAGGGUGACACCAUAUGUUGAUGAAUCCGUCGUUGUCGACAUAAAUGCGAGCAACAAAGACAUGUCGCCAGAGUUCCUCCGAUGGUUGCGGGAGAGGAAUCUUUCUAGCGACGAUCGGAUGAUGCGCUUAAAGGAAGGGUACAUCAAGGAGGGGAGCACUGUGAGUGUGAUGGGAGUUGUUCAGAGAAAUGAGAAUGUGCUGAUGAUUGUCCCCCCAUCCGAGCCACUCUCCACCGGUUGCCAGUGGACAAGAUGCAUAUUGCCAGGAAGCCUCGACGGCAUCAUUAUUCGUUGCGAAGACACCUCAAACGUUGAUGUCAUACCUGUCUAGUACUACUCCGUCGUCCAAACUACAAACUCAUUCCACCGAUCCGAUGGGGAGAGGUAAGUUGUGGUGGUUUGGAGGUGUUGAUUAUUCCUUUUGUUUGUAUAGCUUCUUGAUCUUGCUUUCUUAACUUUGUGUUGGAAGGUUUUGUAAAGAGAAGGGCUUUUGAUGAUGAGGAAAAACCUUCUUAUACUAGUGAAACUUUGUUAGGAAGAAUUUGUGUACAAGUGGUUGUGUUGAGUUGGAUUGAAUUUGGUUUUAGUUUUUUCUUAGCUUUUGUAUGAAUAUUUGGUUUGAUUUUUAAAUUAAUUGGCUUUACUUUUGA